AUUAUAUAACAUAACCAAACCAUAGGUUAGUGACACCCACGACCGUGAACAAUGACCCAACCUGUAAAUUGCCAUCUCUUCAUUAUCGUCACUACACUCUCAUUCUCUUUAUAUUUGACUACCUUCGCCAUUAAUGAAGCUUUCCCUUCACUCCCCACUACCUUUGGGGUCGCAAUGAAACACCUAGACGAUGUUAAACCGAGCCACCGCGAAGUUUAUACCGGAGAAAUGAAAAUAUUCGACAUUAGCCAUCGGUACACCCCGGAGAUGCCGGUUUGGGAGUCUUCAAAAGGAUUAGGAGAGUUUAUGAGACUUGCUGUGAGUAUGAAGAAUGGGUCAGAAGCUAAUAUCUCGGAGAUGAAACUAUCUGUUCACUCUGGAACUCAUGUUGAUGCUCCUGGCCAUUUCCAUGAUCAGUAUUUUGAUUCUGGUUUUGAUACUGAUUCACUUGAUCUUCAAACCCUUAACGGUCCUGCUUUGUUGGUUGAUGUUCCAAGAGAUAAAAACAUAACUGCUGAAGUAAUGGAAUCACUUAGAAUCCCAAAGGGAGUUCGUCGUGUGCUAUUCAAAACAUUGAAUACUGAUAGGAGGCUUAUGUAUAAGAAAGAAUUUGAUUCAAGCUUUGUUGGGUUCUUGACCGAUGGGGUGAAAUGGUUGGUUGAAAAUACAGAUAUCAAACUUGUUGGACUUGACUAUCUUUCAUUUGCUGCUUAUGAUGAAGCACCUGAGGCACACAAGGUUAUACUUGAACAACGGGAUAUAAUCCCAGUGGAAUCGUUGAAGCUAGAUGAUGUGGAGGUAGGCAUGUACUCGCUUCAUUGCUUACCGAUGAGAUUGGUUGGAGCAGAAGGAGCACCAACGAGAUGUAUUCUCAUCAAGUGACUAUUUUCUUCCACAUUCUUGGAACCGUAAAUCAUAUUUUACAAAUGUGAUAAUUCAGUGUUAAAAGGAAGCGUAUAUACUGUUAUAAAUGUGUGUAUGUACGUGUAUAUUUCUAAAUACAUGAAUAAAUAAACAAUUAAUAUGU